AUGUGUAACGGGUACCGUAGCGACAGCACCGCUGUUGACAGAUAUACUCCUGAAGAACAGGAGAAAGACGAGGAAACGGCUUGUUCAGUUCAAGUGUCAUGCAGCAAUGAGGGAAAAUACAAUCAGGACACUAAAACCGCCACCCGCCCCCUGCUGGCGUGGACCCUUCAGAUAAAUCACACUGGAGAGGUGGUGUAUCAGGAUGCCAGUGUGUAUGGGGUGGUGGAUAAAGCUGUGGUUCUCAAAUGUGGAGCAGCGUUACCUGAUUUAUACAUAUGGAGCUUCACUGAGCCAGGCACUGAUGCCAUCAAAGCAGUGCUCUACGAUUUGGGGAAAGGACCGAGGAUCCAGAAGUUAGCUAUGAUGGUCGGACCAGUGACAAUCCUCCCAAACACGGCAUCAAUAAGCAUCGAGAAACUGCCUCUGGCUGCACAUGGUUUGUUCACUUGUCAGGCUUUCUAUGACAUUGAACAUGAGCCUAUAGUUUACUACUACUACGUACAUCUGACUGUCCAAGUUCCUGUGAGUAAGCCGUAUCUCGUGAUGAGUGAAGCAUCUCCAAUUGAAGGAUCGUCAAUAUGGAUGAACUGCAGUGUUGAAAAUGGUUCUGAACCGCUUCAGUACAAGUGGCAACAUAAAACUCUCAAUGAAAACAUUUCUGACUUAUCACAGAACAGCAGCAUCAUCACUGUGACCAGAAUCAACAGAAACUACACUGGCUGGUACCACUGUGAAGUCAGCAAUGCUGUCAACAAUGAGACCUCUGACCGCUUACUGAUAAAUGUCACAUAUGGUCCGGAUCAACCUCAGAUAAAUGUGAUUCCAUUCCAUAUAACAAAUCAUGGAUACUCCGCUCUGGAGAAUGAGACUGUUUCCAUGCACUGUGAAGCCCAGUCCAAUCCAGGCAGUCAGUACAUCUGGUUUUACAAUGAUUCAAAAAUUUACACAAGACCACUCCUCACUAUCAACAAGAUCCUCCGAAGCCACACUGGAAACUACACCUGCUUGGCCCAGAACCCCCACCUCCACACCCAGUCCAGUAAAACCCUCAGCCUGACUGUUUACUACCCUCCAGAUGGCUCCCCCGUGUGCUCUGUGGAGUCAGCACUCAACCACACUGCUCUCAGGCUCCUCUGCUCCUGGCUCGGAGGAUUUCCCUCCCCGUCCCUCAACUGGACCGGAGACCCAACACAGGCAGGACAAAAACAGGUCGACACAGGGCAACAACCUCGUCUAACUACCAACGUCAUGAUGCUCCCGUCUGAGACGCUGAAUCGCAACAGCAGCUUGUUCAGAUGCGUCGCCUCCCAUCCUGCUCUACAACAACCUACAGAGUGCAGCGCGCGUACCUAUAUCCCUCCCUCAGAGGUGCUGUGUUUCACCAACGUGACCAAUGAUAGGCAGUAUUUGAUGGUGUCCUGCGCCUGGACUGGAGGGCUACCCAAAGCACUGUUGUGGUGGGAAGGACCAGGAAACCAAAGCAAGGAUGCACAAGAAGACUCAAACAUCCUGGUCCUUCCUUAUGGGACUGCCCACAGUGGGAAACCCUACACCUGCUAUGCCAAACACCCACUUCUGACUGCAGCAAAGACCUGCAGAAUCACACUGGUCUCCGUUAGUAAGCCGUUCCUCCUGAUGAGCAACGCGUCCCCAAAGGAAGGAUCUUCUGUCUGGAUGCAAUGCAACAUUGGAAAUGGAACUAAGCCAAUACAUUACGUGUGGCAGCAUCAACUGUAUAAUGAAAACGUCACAACGUUUGCACAGGGCAACACCAGCUUCAUUAAUAUCACAGACAUUGUCCGUAACCAGACUGGCUGGUACCGAUGCGCUGCAGGAAACGCCGUCAACAGAGAGAGCUCAGAAAAGUUAUGGCUCAACGUCACAUUUGGUCCAGAUGUUCCUCAGAUAGACGUGGCUCCAUCCAGUGUUGUACAGAGAGGCUACACUGCGCUAGAAAAUGAGACGGUUUCACUGACAUGCCGAGUCCAGUCCAAUCCAGCCGGUCAGUACGUCUGGUUCCACAAUGACUCUGAAGUGUACUCUGGACCACAACUCAUCAUCACAAAGAUCCUCCGUCUGCACACCGGUGGCUACACCUGUGUGGGACAAAACUCCUACCUGAACACGCAGUCCAGGAAAACCAUCACCCUGACGGCUCCUUGA